AUAGGUGGGUUCCCCACUCUGAUAUUUAUCUUUACUCCCGAGUCUGCCCUGGACCGCAAAGUGAGCUUUAGUUUAACGACCAGCCGACAAGUAGGGCAGCAGUUGUGGCUUUGGUUAAUUUAGUAUAUUAAUUAUUUCUAAGUGUUAUAGGUGUAGUAGCCACCAGCUCCAUUUUGGGUUACCAGGUCCUAUUCCUGUCGCUCUAUUGUGUGGAUGGAUGGAAAGCUGUAUAGGGGGAGGAGGAGGCCGAAAAACAAAGACAUCGCAGCCCAGGAGCUACCGAGAGGACGGUAGCAUGAUAGUCGUGGAGGAGAAACGGACGGAAGAGGGCCCGUAUCUGCAUUUUACUUCGCCUACAUUGAAUUCAUUGAGUCGGUAACCAGUGUCCGACAUGGGGAAGGAGGUAAAUGGUGUUUCACGAAGUCGGUUUGAGAUGUUCACAAACAGUGAUGAGGCAGUCAUCAACAAGAAGCUGCCAAAGGAGCUGUUGCUACGAAUCUUCUCCUUUCUGGAUGUGGUGACACUCUGUCGCUGUGCCCAGGUCUCACGGUCCUGGAAUGUUCUGGCUUUGGACGGCAGCAACUGGCAACGGAUUGACCUCUUUGACUUUCAGAGGGACAUUGAGGGUCGGGUGGUGGAGAACAUCUCAAAGCGGUGUGGAGGGUUCCUUAGGAAGCUGAGUCUGCGGGGCUGCCUGGGUGUUGGUGACAGCGCCUUGAGGACUUUCUCACAGAACUGCAGGAAUAUUGAGCUGCUCAGUCUAAAUGGCUGCACCAAGAUCACAGACAGCACGUGUAAUAGCCUCAGUAAGUUUUGUCCAAAGUUGAAGCACCUGGACCUCGCCUCCUGUACCUCAAUCACAAACCUGUCACUCAAAGCUCUCAGUGAGGGUUGUCCCCUGCUGGAGCAGCUCAACAUCUCCUGGUGUGAUCAGGUCACAAAGGACGGCAUCCAGGCCCUGGUGCGUUCAUGCCCUGGAUUAAAAGGGCUUUUUCUCAAGGGAUGCACACAGUUAGAGGACGAGGCUCUGAAACAUAUCGGGGCUCACUGUCCAGAGCUAGUCACACUCAACCUGCAGACGUGUUCACAGAUCACAGACGAGGGCCUCAUCACAAUCUGCAGAGGUUGUCACCGCCUGCAGUCUCUCUGUGUGUCCGGCUGUGCCAAUAUCACAGACGCCAUCCUGCACGCUCUGGGACAGAACUGCCCUCGCCUCAGAAUAUUAGAAGUGGCUCGCUGCUCUCAGCUUACAGAUGUCGGCUUCACUACAUUAGCGAGAAAUUGUCAUGAGCUUGAGAAGAUGGAUUUAGAGGAAUGUGUGCAGAUCACAGACGGAACCCUCAUCCAGCUGUCUAUCCACUGCCCUCGUUUGCAAGUCCUGAGUCUGUCUCACUGUGAGCUCAUCACCGAUGAUGGCAUCAGACAUCUCGGCAGUGGCCCCUGUGCUCAUGACCGUCUGGAGGUGAUCGAGCUGGACAACUGCCCCCUGAUCACAGACGCCUCGUUGGAGCACCUGAAGAACUGCCACAGUCUGGAUCGCAUCGAGCUCUAUGACUGCCAGCAGAUCACGCGCGCUGGCAUCAAGAGACUAAGGACUCAUCUACCCAACAUCAAAGUGCACGCAUACUUCGCUCCCAUCACUCCGCCCCCUUCCGUUGGAGGCAGCCGUCAGAGGUUUUGUCGCUGCUGUGUCCUGUUAUGAUGUAAAGACAACAACCCCCUCCCUCCUCAACCCUGCGUCCCUAGUAUACGCUCCCAACAGGCUGUCGCUCCAUCCCUGACCUGCUGUCCCUUCUCCCGGGCCCCCUGUUAGAAAGUACAUGCUGGUGUGCCCCCCACCCCCCCACCCCCUGUCCAACCCACCCACCCUUUGGAGCUGCAGAGAGAGGGAGAGAGCCAAAUAACACUACAGGGUCUCUGGUAACUUUCCCAAAAACAUUCCCAGAAAUCGCCACCACACACAGCAACACAACAGGCGCUUUAGCCGAGCUGACACGCAGACGCACGCACAGAUUAAGAAGAAUGUCUGAACAUUCCUUGUCGGUGUUCAGGGGUCUAGGCAGUAUUACAAAGAGGGUUAUGUAAAAAUCAAAUGUGAUCACAACUGUUGAGGGAUUUAACUCUUCAUCGAGUGAAGUACUAAAGAAUAGCUCACAGGAUUACAAAACAAGAUCAGAACCAACAUUUUAACCAUAUUUUAGGGGGAUUCGACUCUUUAUCUAUAAAGCACUUUGAGACAGAUUACUAAAGAGAGUAAAAAAAAAUCCCUCUUAACUUGUCACACAGACUUCCCUCAGUGUUGAAGGUUACUUAACAGCUACCUCCAGAUGAGACUGCACUUGAGUAAGACCUGUCCACUUUGUUCUGUUCAUUUCACAAAGGGGAAGCAGCGCAGUGGGUAAACUGCCAUCACCCCAAACACACAAAGAAAGCAGCAGGAAGCAUAUUUUCUGAUUUAUUUUGUUUGUUUUUUUAAAAAGCAUACAUUUUGCACUUCUAGUAAAGCAAUGAUGAGACACUUUACAAAGACGGCCUUCUCUGAAAUUUAAGACUUCACUUCCAUGCAUACACUGAGCUCACACCUGUUCCCUCUCCUCUCUCUCUCUGUCUCUCCGUUACAAUCGGAACGUCAAUAUACAGAGGGAAAAAAGACAAAGUUUAAUAUUUUUCUAAAAAAUGGACACCAAUUAAGACUUACAAGUGGGGACUGGAGAAGAUGCCAAAUGUUGCAUGUAACACCUAGUUUUUUAAAGUCUAACUGUACAUAAACGAGGACUGUGGAGUCAGAGGAAACGCCAGCAAAGCAACAGAAGACAAUGUAAGACUGAAGUCGAUGGAUCUUCACACACGCUUGAUAAAGUAUGUUAUAAUACAUGCUGGAGCUUUGGACUGUCAAAAUGAGCCAGCUCUUUAUAUGGAGUUUGAUGGAAGAACUGAUGCUGGCUUGUUAAAGCUCGUGUCACAAACAGGAGUUAUAAAAACCCCGUUUGACAGAAGAAAAAAAAAAAAGUCUGACAUGAUGGCAUGAAUUGAUGCUGUCAGACCAGAACAAUGGAAAGAAAAAGCCAACUGAAAACAAUCAGUCUUUUUUUUUUCAGUCGGUUUGAUUUAAUUUAGCCGCUCCCGUGUUCACACAGAGGAUGGUUCUGCUGAUCAAGAGGAUGCGCUUGGGUCGGCGACACCUCAACUCCCAUGAGGCCUUGCAGGGAACGGAGUGCUGCGCCCUGCCACCUGUGACGUCCCAUGUCUGUCUGGGACCAGUUCCACCGCUGGAUCAGACUGGUGGAGUCACAGCGAGAGGAAGUCAUCUGGAUCUUGAGCACACGACUCUGGCCUGCUGACAGAUUUGAUGGAAUGAUUUUUGUCACAAUGGAGGGCUGCCAUGGACUCGAGCCCCUUGCCCUAUGAAGUAUUGAUGAAGCCUUUUCUUAUUAUGGAUUAUCUUCUCCUGCACUUGCACCUGCUUUAUUCUGUGUCUCUUCCCCUUUCAUUUUAUAAAUGUAUCUUUGACUGCUUCUUUUCUGUCCGGUUUCCUCUGGAUCUCUUCCGUUUCUUUUGCAUUUCAGUUUUGGUGUGGUUUGGAUUGCGCCUGCUUUGUGUUUGAAGUCAUGAGUUCAGUGUCUCUAAGUUGAGUCCUCUUCCAGUCCUCAGUUUUGAUCUGAUGGUGUUUGUGUUUUUAUUCAGAGUUCAUUGUUACUAAAUGUCCAGAGUGUAGCCUUUUGUCUAGGGGAAGCAUUGGCGGCAGUGCAAUUGUAAUAAAUGUUCAAAUUUAAGUUGGAUUUUUUAAAUGUGAGUUUAGGAGGAGUUCUAACGAUGAUAUGUAUGAUAUAGGUUCUUCUUAUUGAAUGUUUCCAUCAAGGAGAGAUGGCUGUUCAGGCAUUGUGUGCCACUUUAGCAGAAUUAAUUUUCUCCCUUUAAGCGUGCUUUCCUGAUCUUGAUUUUAAUGCCUUGCUUUUUCAAAAUACUCCCCUCCCAUAAAGCACCCUAUUCAAGGCCAAAACCCCAGUGAGGAAUGUUGAUCUCUCUAAAAUAUCCCAGUUCAGGUUUAAAGAUGCGUGCCAACAGGCAAAAGACUUGAUGAUUCUAUUCAGUUUGUGAUCUGACGGCUACGGCAGGCCAGAUAAUACAAGCUGAGAUGAAUCCAGUGUAAUCCAGUCUGAUCUGUUUUGUUUGAAUGGGGGUUUACGGGGAUUAGGGAACAACUAAGAGUCAAAAUGGCGGAGAUAUCUAAUGUGCUCUGUCACUGUGCUCCUGGGUGAACACAGGAGGAAAGAGGAAAAGUCAGAGGAUUUAUAACAUGUGCUUUUAUGGCCAACACUUUGAAUGGAUUACAGGUAAUAAUACUCCAGCCACUCCUGAUAGUUUUAAAGAAAAGAAAUAACCCAUCAUCAAUCCUUUUCAUGGUACAAAAUACACUACACUUAACAAAACAGCUGAUUUCUUUAUCCCAGUAUCUAACCCUUCUGUGUCCCUUUGUAACAUAAGUUUACACCAAGUCCAUUGCUUUGUUUCAUUCACGUUUCUUCCCAAACACUGGAGUUCAGCUGAGGAUUAGGACAGAGGGUAAAGGUAAUCAAAUCCACAGUGAAAGUCCAUGGUAGAUCAACGCCUGAGAAAUUUCAGAAACAAUUUUGACAAUGACUGUAGUCAAUAUAAUUACUGUAAAUCUUUUCCUUUUUUCUUUUUUCUUUCUUUUUUUUUCUUUUUUUUUUUUUACAAUUAACCGAUAUAAAUGAAUAUGUACGUAUG